AUGGUCAAAGCUAUUAGGGUUCAUGAACUUGGUGGACCUGAGGUUCUGAAAUGGGAGGAAGUGGAAAUAGGAGAGCCAAAGGAAGGAGAGAUCAGAGUGAAGAAUAAGGCCAUUGGGCUUAACUUCAUCGAUGUACACUUUCGCAAAGGAGUUUACAAGGCUGCCACAAUACCUUUUACACCAGGUAUGGAAGCAGUUGGUGUGGUGACUUCCCUGGGUCCUGGACUAACGGGCAUGAAAUUUGGAGAUCUAGUCGCUUAUGCUGGUAACCCAAUGGGUUCAUAUGCUGAAGAGCAGAUCCUUCCGGCAGAAAAAGUGGUGCCUGUUCCUUCCACUUUGGAUCCUGUUGUAGUUGCAGCUGUCAUUUUCAAAGGAAUGACUACUCAAUAUCUAGUUCGUCGGUGUUUCAAGGUUGAACCUGGACACACAAUUCUUGUUCAUGCAGCAGCAGGUGUAGUUGGGUCUCUGUUGUGCCAGUGGGCAAUUGCCCUUGGUGCCACUGUAAUUGGAACCGUCUCAACCAAAGAAAAGGCAGAUCAAGCCAAAGAUGAUGGAUGUCAUCUUGUCAUAAUGUACAAGGAAGAAGAUUUUGUUACCCGUGUCAAUGAGAUAACAUCAGGCAAAAGAGUUGAUGUUGUCUAUGAUUCAGUUGGAAAAGACACAGUCCAGGGUUCUUUGGCAUGCUUAAAAACCCGCGGAUACAUGGUAAGUUUUGGGCAUUCCUCCGGUAUGCCAGAAUCACUACCAUCAGCACUUGAUGCGAAAUCGCUCUUCUUGACAAGGCCCGCCCUCAUGCACUACAGUCUAACACGGGAGGAGCUGCUUGAAACUGCUGGAGAGCUAUUUGCUGGUGUCACAUCAGGGGUCUUACGAGUCCGUGUAAAUGGCACCUACCCCUUAUGCUGA